GUCAAUCCUCCUACUGCUUAUCGUAUGUUAAAGGAUUUUGUUAAGCUAAAACCUGGUGACCUGAUUGUACAAAAUGGUGCCAAUUCUUCUGUCGGCAGAGCAGUUAUUCAGCUUGCCAAGAAUUGGGGUUUGCGAACUGUAAAUGUUAUUCGGGAACGACCAGAUUUCACAGAAGUUGCGAAUGAACUGAAAGCUCUUGGUGCCAAUGAGGUUUUCACCGAAAAACAACUGAAAGAAGCAAAGAUAUUUCAGGCACCAACAGGUCCGUUCAUUUUCAAAAACAUUCAACUUCGCGGAUUCUGGAUGAGUCAUUGGUAUACAAUGGAAGAGAACAAAGCAGAACGAGAUGUGAUGUUCAAGGAGCUCGCUGACUUGGUUCGAGAUGGCAAAUUUCGGCCGCCAAAUUUUGAUAAAUUCAAAUUGGAAGACUGGAAAAGUGCGAUAGCCAAUACUAUAAAUUCGGUCGAAAGGAAGCAAUUAUUUGUUCACUGA